AUGCAACCAGCUGAGGUUGCCCGCUCUUUGAGCGAGCAGUAUCCAUAUCGAGAAGUCCAGGCGCGGCAGCUUGCCACUUUAUUCCAUCCCUACCUUCCUAGUCCUCCGACGCUAGUCGUACAUGGGAUUUCGGCAACCUGCAAAUCUACCAUCAUCCGCGGCGUCCUUUCUACACUCCAAACACCGCACGCUGUGAUUCGGAGCUCCGAAUGCAUUACCGGACGACAUCUGCUCACUAAAAUCAUUUGGAAUACUCUCGAUGCUUUGGAUCAAAAGAGCGAAUGGGAGAAGUUCGGGAAGGGACGAUGCGAACAUGUCAGUUCACUUGCGGUGUUGCUCGAGGAGUGUCUCGCGGCGCGAGCUCCGGAGAAACAAGGAAAAUUUGUGUUGGUACUGGACGAAAUCGACCGGCAAAGAGAGGCACCGCACACACUGCUGUCAGCAUUGGCGCGACUUGGAGAAAUUAUCCCCUCGCUUUGCGUUGUCUUGGUUCUUAGCUCGACACCCCGCCCAUUAUUCUUGCAGAAUGUGGCAGUUCCUCAUAUCAGCUUUCCCCCGUACUCUCGCAAAGAAGCCAUCGACAUCCUCCUGGCCUCGCCCGUGCCUGUCGUGGAGGGCUUGCCCGCGGAAACAAGCGCUCAAAUAUACCCGCACUUCGUCUCUACAGUCUACGACACUCUGACCGGACCAACUGCCGGCUCCAUUCCUACAUUCCGAUCCAUAUGCCAGCGCCUCUGGCCUCAAUUCGUUGCUCCCGUAGUUCAAAGCGAGGCAGCUCCUGGCGGAGGCACAGAAUGGGACUUUGCACGCCUGGUUGUGAAAAACAGGGUUCUCUUCCGUCAUCAAGGAGAAUCGUCUCUGGUGCACCGCAUCGUUCCGGGAGACUCUUCUGCUCCUGGCAAGACAAACCGGACGCCAUUCGCGCCCACGGCAGCUUCCUCAGCUCUACCUCAUCUUCCAUAUUUCCCGACCUUGAUCUUGACCUCGGCGUAUCUGGCAUCUCAUAUCCCGCAACGACUGGACACAAUCUUCUUUUCGAAGUUCUCUUCAUCCUCUCUAUCAGCUCGAAACAAGCGGGCCCACCACCGACGUCGUUUGAAGGUCCUUUCCCAGGCUCAGGCAGCAGACAGGGCAGCUGACGAUCCGUCAACACCGAACAAGAAGGGCAAGCGAUCCAAGACUCGCAUUACAAAGUCCACCCUUUCCUCUGCGUUUGAAACGUCCUCGGCGACAACCUCGGCCAUCGGUGGCAGCGCCGGAAUCACCGGCCCAUCAACCAUUCUCACAGCGCGUCCCUUUCCGCUUGAACGUCUUCUAGCUAUUUACCACGCCGUUGAUCCGAACCCACCCGCCAACCCAAUUCAUACCCCCGCAGUUGCCGAUCAAAUUUACGCUGAGCUGGCCACCCUACGCCGUCUGCGCCUUGUCGUUCCCGCCUCGGGCAAUCAUGGCGGGACGAGUAUGGGCAGCGGAAAUACCAGCGCGGAUGCAGGAGAAAAGUGGUGUGUUAACGUUUCUGGGGACUGGAUCGGUGAGCUAGCCAAGGGCAUUGGUGUUGAAGUUGGGGAGUGGUUGGCCGGUGGUCUGGAUUAG